AUGUCUCCAUAUGCCCAGCUGCUAUAUGAUGUCAGUGUUAAUGCAGUGAGCUCAGUGGGUCAGAGGGAUCAGCCAACUGAGGAUACCAUUGGAGAAUUGGAGUUCAAAAAUUGGAGACUGAGACUGCCAGCACAAGUAGCCACUCGAAGCAAAGGAAAUCCUAAAGAAACGUGUAUCAUCUUAGAAUUUACAGAGGUUCGUCAGCUAUGUCAAGUUGAUUGCAAUGGAGAGGCACCAUCCAUUGUCAGUCCUGCCUUUUACUCCGACAACUAUGAACACCUGCUUGGCAUACGAAUGUACCCCUGUGGACUGGGUGAGGGAAGAAAUCGAUUCGUCGCUGUUUUUGUUCAUAUGAUGAGCGGAAAAUAUGGUAAUAUUCACCCAAGAUGGCCUUUCACUCCACGAAUCACCAUUUUUAUCUUAGAUCAAGGUGGCAACGAACGCCACAUCAGCCAAAUCAUUCAAGCCAAGCCAAACAUGGUAGCGUUUCAAAAGCCAACAGAAGAGAUCAGUCGUACAGGAUGUGGUUUAGUAAAGUUUGCUCCAAUCGAGGAAGUAUUUGGUGCUCCUUACGUUAAGGAUGAUAAACUGUUUCUUAAAGUUGAGUUUUCAUUCUGA